GGGAAGCACAUCUGAGGUCUUGUGUCUGCAGUGCCAGCAUGGAUUUCUCAGUCUGUCCAGAGAUGGAGAAUCUUCAGCAGUGCUAAAUACAUGACUGUCCCCCUAUGAGAUGGCAUCUUUGCAAAGGAAAGGGCUGCAAGCAAGGAUUCUCAGCUCUGAAGAAGAGGAAAAACUGAAAAGAGACCAAGCUUUGGUGUCUGAUUUUAAACAGCAGAAACUAGAAAAAGAAGCUCAGAAGAACUGGGACCUUUUUUACAAAAGAAAUAGUACUAAUUUCUUCAAAGAUAGACACUGGACCACCAGAGAGUUUGAAGAGCUAAGAUCAUGUAGGGAGUUUGAAGAUCAGAAAUUGACUAUACUUGAAGCUGGCUGUGGAGUUGGGAACUGUUUAUUCCCGCUUUUAGAAGAAGACUUGAAUGUUUUUGCCUAUGCCUGUGAUUUUUCUCCUAGAGCGGUUGAGUAUGUUAAGCAAAAUCCUUUGUAUGACACAGAAAGAUGCAAGGUAUUCCAGUGUGACCUAACUAAAGAUGACCUCCUGGAACACAUGCCCUUAGAGUCUGUGGAUGUUGUCAUGUUGAUAUUUGUGCUCUCAGCUAUUCACCCUGACAAGAUGCACCUUGUCUUACAAAAUGUUUAUAAGGUAUUAAAACCAGGCAAAUGUGUCUUAUUUCGUGACUAUGGGCUGUAUGAUCAUGCUAUGCUUAGGUUUAAAGCUGGCAGCAAACUUGGGGAAAACUUUUAUGUUAGACAAGAUGGAACCAGAUCGUAUUUUUUUACUGAUGAAUUCCUGGCUCAGCUCUUUAUGGAUACAGGUUAUGAAGAAAUGGUGAACGAAUAUGUGUUCCGAGAGACUGUGAAUAGAAAAGCAGGCCUGUGCGUGCCUAGAGUUUUCCUUCAGAGCAAAUUCCGAAAGCCUCCAAAGAACCCAGCACCCAUGUCCCGUGACCCUGACCCUGGGUCAUAAGUCCUUAUUGUUCACGAAAUGGACACUUGUGCCGCCCCUUGAAGAGGAAGGUUUAUAAUUAGUCUUU